ACAGUAUACUGCGACAAGUUAUUUCAAUUAGAUUGGAGAUUCCCUGCUGAUAUCACGGCAGGGGUUAGUGCCUCUUACCCUUCAUGUUGACCGAUAUUUCUUCAUAUAAAAGGAUGGUAAAAUAAUCUGGAACCACUUUCCCUCGUGUAAUCGAUUCAUACGCAACCAUUUUGUAUAAUUCAGAUUUUGGAAAUGUCUUUUAUUAGAUUAAUCACAAGAAAUGUACUUGCAUUGAUAUUGCUCAUAAUAGUGAGCAGCUGUGCAGAGGAAACGUGUGAAACGAUGCCAACAGAGAUUCAUGUCACUAAAGAGGAGUAUGAUGAUAUGGGAAGACUUAUCCGAUCCUGUAGUGGAGAAGUAAGUGUCAACAAAUGUGAAGGAAUGUGUAGCAGCCAAGUUCAGCCAUCAGUAUCAACAGCAACUGGGUUUUUAAAGGAAUGUUUCUGCUGCAGAGAAAACUUUUUGCGAGAGCGUUUGGUAACUCUCACCCACUGUUACGACCCAGAUGGCUUGAGGCUUGAAGACGAAGACCGGGCGAUAAUGGAAGUGCGUUUGCGUGAACCUGAUGACUGCAAGUGCUACAAAUGUGGAGUGGAUGAAUGUCAAAUGACUCCAGUCAUUCAUGUUCUUCGUCAUCCUGGUUGCAAGCCAAAGGCCAUACCAUCGUUUGCUUGCGUUGGAAAAUGUACAAGCUACGUACAGGUAUCCGGAAGCAAAAUAUGGCAGAUGGAGCGAACUUGCAAUUGCUGUCAAGAGUCUGGAGAACGUGAAGCCACAGUCGUCUUAUUUUGUCCUAAAUCCAAAAACGAAGAAAAGAGGUUUAUGAAGGUAUCGACAAAAGCUCCAUUAGAAUGCAUGUGCCGUCCUUGUGGCAGCAUCGACGAAAGUUCAAUAGUUCCUCAAGAGAUAGCUGGCUACUCGGAAGAGGGACCUCUGCACAACCACUUCAGGAAAACUCUUUAAAGCGAAAACCAAAACAUGUUGUAUUUCUACCAGAUUAAUCCUAGGUAGAUAAUGCUGUAAAGAUUUGUUAUUGAACUUAAGAUUUUAUUUUAAUCAAUAAAGGCCUUGACACAUUA